UUUUUUCUCUCACCCAGGGUAAGUAAUGUAAGGAAGGCUAAAGAUCUUUUUAGGGUUUGGUUGAGUAACACAUCGGGGUUCCUUUCAUGUUGGUUAUUAUUUCAUAGUUUGAAAUGGUUUGAUACUUUGAUACAUUGUUACUUUCUUUCCGGGCUAAACAUUUUGGAUUGAUCAUAACCCGCUACUUUUUUUUCUUUCUGAAUGCGUUGCAAAUAUGACGAUGUCAUCGACUCCACAUUUUGCUCAAGUUAUGGCGGAGCUGAAGUUUUCUAGCUUGUGUUGAGCGCUGAGAGCACCAGUGUUUGCUGAUGGAGCACCUCCAGGGAGCAUGGAAGACCCUGAGCAAUGGCUUUGGGAUGAAGGACUCUGUGUUCGAGGGUCCUUGCCUUUCCCCGACCAUGGUGCAGGACUUCCCCUCCCAGCGCCGCUCCUCCGACGACAGUAAGAUCCCCGACUCCAAGACCAGCAGCACCAUCCGCGUCUACCUCCCCAACCAGCAGCGCACAGUGGUGAAUGUGAGGCCAGGUAUGACCCUGCACAGCUGCCUGAUCAAAGCGCUGAAGGUGCGGGGCCUGCAACCGGAGUGCUGUGCUGUCUUCAGACUGCACCCAGGACAGAGGAGUAAAAAGUCACGUAUGGAUUGGAAUACCGACUCUACCUCACUAAUUGGGGAAGAACUGCUGGUGAAAGUUUUAGAUCAUGUCCCCUUGACGACGCACAACUUUGUUCGGAAAACAUUUCUGAAGUUGGCCUUCUGCGAUAUAUGCCAGAAGUUCCUUUUGAACGGUUUCCGUUGCCAAACAUGCGGCUACAAAUUCCAUGAGCAUUGCAGCACCAAAGUGCCCACGAUGUGUGUGGAUUGGAGCAACAUCAGACAGCUCCUGUUGUUCCCGACACCAGGUGAAAGUGGGGGUCCAUCUCUUCCUCCUCUUACUUCUCGGCGAAUGAGAGAAUCGCUGUCCCGACUCCCCAGCAGCUCUCUGCACCGCUGCUCCACCCCUCACGCCUUCAACUACACGGCCCCCUACCCACCCACGGGGGGCGCUCUGUCCCAGAGGCAGCGCUCCACCUCCACGCCCAACGUCCACAUAGUCAGCACCACCAUGCCCGUCGACAGCAGCAUGAUCGAGGAAGCAAUGCGUAAUCAUGAAGCAAUGCGUAAUCAUGACUCAGGCGGGAGUUCCCCCAGCCAGAGUCCCACAGGCUGGUCCCAGUCCCAGUCUAACACCCCAGCUCCAGACAGACGAGAGAGGGCUCCUUCAUUCAACACUCAGGAGAAACACAAAAUACAUCCGAGGGACAAGCGGGACUCCAGUUACUACUGGGAGAUUGAGGCCAGUGAAGUGGUGCUACACUCCUGUAUCGGCUCAGGCUCCUUCGGAACGGUAUACAAAGGGAAAUGGCACGGUGACGUAGCGGUGAAGAUCCUAAAGGUGAUUGACCCCACGCCAGAGCAGUUCCAGGCCUUCAGAAACGAGGUGGCUGUCCUUAGGAAAACGCGGCACGUCAACAUCCUGUUGUUCAUGGGCUACAUGACGAAGGACAACCUGGCCAUCGUGACCCAGUGGUGUGAGGGCAGCAGCCUCUACAAACACCUUCACGUCCAGGAGACCAACUUCCAGAUGUUCCAGCUUAUAGACAUCGCCAGACAGACAGCUCAGGGCAUGGACUAUUUGCACGCCAAAAACAUCAUCCACCGGGACAUGAAGUCAAACAAUAUCUUCCUACAUGAGGGCCUGACGGUGAAGAUAGGAGACUUUGGUCUGGCCACGGUCAAGGCCAGGUGGAGUGGUUCUCACCAGGUGGAGCAACCCUCAGGGUCCAUACUGUGGAUGGCUCCUGAGGUUAUCCGUAUGCAGGACAACAUGCCCUAUAGUUUCCAGUCUGACGUGUACUCCUACGGUGUUGUCCUCCAUGAGCUGAUGACGGGAGAGCUGCCAUACUCACAGAUAGCCAACAGAGACCAGAUCAUCUUCAUGGUGGGCCGGGGGUACCUGUCUCCAGACCUCAGUAAGCUUUAUAAGAGCUGUCCUAAGGCCAUGAAGAGGCUGGUGGCCGACUGCAUCAAGAAAAUCAAGGACGAGAGGCCACUGUUCCCCCAGAUCCUGUCGUCAAUUGAGCUGCUCCAGCACUCCCUGCCUAAGAUCAACCGCAGUGCCUCAGAACCCUCCCUGCACAGAGCCUCCCACACCGAAGACAUUAACGCCUUCACUUCCACCUAUAGCAGACUGCCUGUGUUCUAGAACUACAAUACCAAACCUGUCCCUCCUACCUGCUCCUGUUCCAAAACAUACACGUGUGCAUGAGCAUGCACACACACACACACACACACACACACACACACACACACACACACACACACACACACACACACACACACACACACACACACACACACACACACACACACACACACA